AUGUCAAAUAUAAAUCGCCCAAAGGAUGAUAUUUAUUCAGAUGUAGCAAGUAUGGAUAUAGCCGAUGUCUAUACAGAGUCUCAAGUAGAUCCUAACGUAAAUUCCUUCCUCAAAAAGUUUUACUAUACAAUGAAGGAACCUUCCUAUAUAGACUGGAAGAUUAAUAAUAGUGAAAGAGUGAAAACUGAUGAUGAAAGGCGUGAUUUAAUUCGUUAUAAAUUGGAAAGUAUAAGAAGGUGUGAACGUCUUUCUAGAUUCUUGGAUGAAAGCGGUAUUGGAAUGAAUUCUUUUAAUGCCUGGAAUAGAAAGUUCGCUAAGAAGACUAAUAAGAAAAUGAUUGACCAGAGCACUAUACCGGAUUGGAUUAGGAAAUCUUCUCGUAAAUUUAUCGAUGACGAUGAUGAUGUUAAUUGUGUUCGUGAAGAAGAACUUGAAAACGAAUCCAAGAGAGCUUUGCUUAAGCCAAUUACUUCAAAGGAUAAUGAAAAAAAGCCUAAAAAAGUCGAACUUGAUAAUUAA